AUUUCUGUACACUUCCUAAAAUGCUUGCAAAACCUCUCCUCAUCCUCGGCCUGAUGGCCAUUGCCUCCUCAUUCGAAAUCCCGCAGGGAGCGACAGACGGAGUCUACCGUGCUUACAUUAACGAAUCUGGCAAUGAAGUCCACGAGCUGAUUCCAGCUGGCGCCAUAGACAUCUCGCCUAGGGAACCUAUGCCGCACGAUGCUCUUUCUGAGGGAACUUGGCUUGCAAAGCGCGGCCAAGCUUGGUGUGGAUGUGGUUUUGGAAUGGACCACGGAAGCUGUGAUGCGGCAAAUAACGCUCUUUCCAAACAUCUUAACAAUGGGCCAAUUAUCAAUGGCGGGGUGGCCUUCUAUUCUGUUGUGGGCAGUUCCGUUGCCUUUUUGUGCAAUCGAGAUUCAUUUCCAGCACAAGUGUUCUCGGGCAGUGUUGUUAUCGGCGCUCGGCAGGUUACGGCGGCCUGCGGUUAUUACAUUGCCGGAACCUGGCGUGUCGAUGGGUUUAAGGAUAUGGAUUAUGGGUACAUGAACUGGUACAACGGCCUUAAUUUCUGUGGCAAUGCUGAAAAUUCUCCCCAGCACCACUGUUGAUAGGGUAACGAUGCGAAGAGGGCAGGACGG